GAAAUCGAAUGGUAGCAUCUCAUUUCCGAAUCCGAUUCCGGUGAAGAUAGUGCCUUGUUGUGCCCGUGCCUGAUCGUUAAGAUCCAAAAGAUCCUACCGCCACCGCCGCCCUCAUCAUCAUGCAGAGCCUUCAGAUUGUGUUCGUGGUGCUGCUGGCCGCUGUCUCUACGAUGGCUUUCUUCACCGAGGAGCAGCACGAGAUAGCCAAAUCGCUGGCGGAACAGUGCCGUGCCGAGCUGGGCGGUGAGCUGCCGGAGGACUUUGCCACCAAGAUGCGGCUGGGCGACCUAACGCUGGACAGUGAAACGGCCAAGUGCACCAUCCAGUGUAUGUUCGCGAAGGUGGGCUUCACGCUGGAGAGUGGCGCGGCUAACCGGGACGUGCUGAUCGCCAAACUGUCCAAGGGCAAUCCCACCGCCAAGGCGGAAGCGUUCGCUGACGUGUGCGAGAACAACGAGGGCGAGACGGCGUGCGAUAAAGCGUUCAGCCUGUACCAGUGCUACCACAAGAACAAGUCGAUCUUUGACUAAGAUUCGCGUCACUGCAUCAACAUCACAUUCGCAUGCCGAGAGACACACACCCGCACCCACACACACAUCAUUCGUUCGACUGUUUGUUGAGUAAAUAAAACAAGUUGAAGACG